GGUUCAGGAUUCUGCCUAUGCGGGGGUCAAUGCCAGAUGUUUCUUUUGAGUUAAUAAGUCUUGGUACAUGAUCAAACCCAAGUCAAUGCUUCCUAAGAGAGGCCCCGAGACUGUGAAAAAGUGUACGUGCCGUCUGCCCACCUACAUGUGUGAUCUCAGAGCACUGAGCACUUCCAGUCCCUUCUGUAAUGAGACAAUUCCUGUUUACACACUUGCUGAAGACCCCGGGAUUACACAAUAAGAAGGUUUGACCACGGAGUUGAAUUAUAUACAUCAUUUAGGGGAAAAGAAAAACCAGUCUGUGUAGAAGAGCUUUUGUUUUCAAGGUUUGCCAUCCUUCAGAGUUUUGAGAAGUGACUUAGUACAUACUGAACAACGAGUAAAAGCAAUCAGUAAAACUGUGUUAUUGUCAUUAUGUCUCUGGGAGGUGUCUUUUAGUAGCAAAAACCAAAAAAAGGGAGACCACGGCCAAAGCAGUUUUACUGAAAAAAACUGCAUACUCUAAGCAUUAAUGAUAGUCCCAACAAUAAUUCCCAGCAAGACGUGAUGGCUUAACCAUCGCAUCAGUUUGCAUCUCUCUUGGUCAAAACAGCCUUCAGUCUUCUCGUUUUUGGGUUUGUUGUUUUUUUUUCCAGUACAAUUCAGUUAAUUAUUCCCAGUUCCCUCGAUGAGUCUCAGCUCCCGCUGGCUCCUGGAGCAAUAGUAGCUCAUUGUUGCAAAUGAGCUUAAUCCAGUGUUAGAAGUCUUUAUUGUCCCUAAUAGAAAAUGGCAUGAAUAGUAAAGGAAAAAAUGUGAGAUGUUUCCUGUAAGGUUUUAACAACUCUCCUGGGUGUGUGAUUACAACAUGUGCUGGGGAAUAGCUUGGAGCAGGGUGGCGGUGGGGAGAAGGAGCUCUGGCAGCAUUUUACACCCCCAUCUGUAAGGCUCAUUACAGCGAGCUGCUGGGGAGGAAGGAAGAUGGAUGGGAGAUGGGAGACAGCUCUUCUUCAUCUGCACAUGCCACCACUUUCCAGCCCCUUGGCCUUCUGAUUUGUUGUCGUUUCUCUUUGGAGGCUUAAAUGAGAGACAAAGCAAAACCAAAUGAGGCCCGAAUUUGUGGGCCCUUUGAUUGGCCUCCUGCCCUUGGUUUUAUAAAAAGUGCUUCAGUUCCAGGUGUCUCGGUUCUCCGCAGACAGGGCUCUGGUGACACAAUGGCUCAGGCAUUUUGGAAGGGGUGGGAUUAUCAGUGUAGGACCCGGGAGCGUGGAACAUUUGACAGUGCUGGGGCCUUCCUAGAGACAACAAAUUAGAUUAUCAAAACUCAGCAAACCACCAGGAAGUUCUGGACCACAUUUUAAAUGAAGGACAACACUCAGGGUGAUCUUGUAGCCCUGUCUCUGGAUAGACCUUGGACCUAUAUUGUGGCUUUGUCACCUGUCCUGUCACUGGCCUCGUCUCCUGCUGUUCCUGAGUAGACUCCCUGGAUGGAGCUACUGGUAACCAAGUAAUCCAGGAACCGAGACCACCCAAACAGUCCAGGUGAGUCCCAUUCAUGUUUCCUGCUGCUUUCUGAGUACUGGAAGUUCAAUAUCACAUCUGAAAACUGUGAUGAAACUGAACUCUGGUGUUCUCACUGCCUUACUGGACACUUUUUAUUUGUUGCAGGGCUAUAGUUCUUGGAUAUUUCCUUCUCUUGUAAAAGUACAGAGUUCCUGCAUCAUCGCAUGUCAUCGUCUCAGCCAACGUGGGCAGAAUAUGUCACUUCCAGGAAGAUGAGCCACUCACAGGAAUGGGACAUCUAGUUCUCCAUACAAAGCAAAUCCGAUGGCAAUUGUUUCCGAGGUGACCUCACAACUGACCCUUGUCCAUUCUUCAUUCCACGUACUAAUGGGCUUCCUCGCUUGUCAUCUAGCAGGGGCCUGGACUCAGCAAUCUGCAAAGUCCAAAUGCUUCUCUCACCUCUUGACGACAGAACCUUCAAACAAAAGCUGGAUGGACAUCAACUCUCACUGUUUCAGGCAAAAGACUUGGUCUCUGUGGGUGAACAUGCACCCUCUCCAGCGCCUGCAAGACUGCACCCAGUUACCUUCAAGAAUUCAGCACAGCCACAGGGAUGGGAAGUAUUUUCCUGAACACGGGAGGUCUGAGGUCAAAAUGAGAAAAAAAAAUAAAAGAAAUUCUGUAAAUAUCCAAGGAUCCUGCUGCUCUAACACUUUAAAGACUGAGCUACUGUUUCCUGGGGCUUUCCUGUCCGUGCCCCCAAGGGUGUUGUGUGAUGGACACCCUGACAGAUUUCACAAUCAAACACUGAGAAUGUGUGAUUGAGAAUUUCACUGAUCCUCGCACUAACCUUUUUUGCAGGUCGCAGUUUAACUUGCAAUUCCCUUGAUGUAGUAGCUUUAAGAUUUUGCUUUGGGCAGAUUUUCUUUGGCUGCUCUAGGUGGAUUUCUCAAUCCGCUCUGUGUCUUCUGAUGGAAAGUGCUGGAUUGAGCCCGACUGAUGGAAAAUGCUGGAUUGAGACUCGUUCCUUCACAGACAAGAAACAGCAAAGUCUCCCUUCCUUCCAUGCCCUCGCUUCUGCUCUGCAUCCUUCCUUUAGACAAGCCUGGGUGGGGAGUAAUAAGAACAUCAGCCUCUAAAGGCCAAUAUAUUUGCCCAAUCCCUCUCUGAAAUAGGAUGUGAUGGCUCCUCUUUGGAGCUGGAAGAUGAUUCAAUAAUUCUACCCCCAGUCUGAGUGGUAAAACUGCCUUUUUGGGAGUUUAAAGAGCCUUUUCUGAAGGUCUAGUGGAGUCCAGAUGUCUCAUAGCUUUUGUGAUCUUGUGAGCAUUUUUAGAAGGAAAAUCUGUGAGGGAUAGGGCUAUGAAUCAUCCGUCUAUCCUGCGUCCAUGAAGAAGAAAUAAAAACCCCAAUCCAAAAAGAAUCCAUUUAAUUCUGGAAUUUUCUGACCUAUUUUGGUACAAGCCGGUCAAAAAAAAAAAAAAAAAAAAAAAAAUUAAACUACUCUCCUGAUGAGUUUCUCAUAUUGUUUACUUUUGUAACGUUCUCUGUGGACUAGCAGCCAGAAAUGACGUCCACCCCUCGUCCAGCAUCAGAGAAUAAGAACUUCAGAGGAAGGAAUGCAACUUCAUAAAUAGCAAACCACAGACACUAAUGGGGAGCAGAGGCAAACCUGCAGGUUAAAAAUUCGUUGCAAGAGAAGCCCAUACAUCCACACCGGCUGGAGAGUCCAAGAUGAUUUCAGCUCUAGCAUUUGUUUUUCUCCUCUGCCUCUCUUGUCCUUUUGCAUCAUGUCAGCAGAGAAGACUAGGAGGUGAAGUCGGGCCAGAAAUGCUGGAAGAGAUGAGAGAAACGAACCGUGUGCUAAUGGAAGUUCGAGAUUUGUUGAAACAGCAGAUAAAGGAGAUAACAUUCCUGAAGAAUACAGUCAUGGAGUGUGAUGCCUGUGGCAUCCGCCCCGAGGUGACAGGCCCUGUCAUCACCGUGACACAGUUUAACCGGUGCCUCCCCAACCCCUGCUUCCCUGGAGUGGCCUGCACCGAGACCGGCACUGGCUUCCGCUGCGGACCCUGUCCCCCGGGUUAUUCAGGCAACGGGUCCCAGUGCACGGAUAUCAACGAGUGCAAUGCAAACCCCUGCUUCCCGAAGGUCCAGUGCAUUAACACCGCCCCCGGCUUCCGCUGCGAUCCCUGCCCUCCCGGCUUCACUGGGCAAAUGGUCGAAGGGGUUGGACUAGCUUAUGCCAGGGCCAACAAACAGGUUUGUACUGACAUCAAUGAAUGCGAGACAGGAGCUGCCAAAAAUUGUGUCCCCAACUCAAUCUGCAUCAAUACCCGGGGAUCCUACAAGUGUGGGGCUUGUAAACCUGGCUUCGUGGGGGAUCAAGUCAACGGCUGCAAGAGCCAGACAGCCCGACGCUGCCCCAACGGGGAAAUCAGCCCCUGCCACGAGAAGGCCCAGUGCAUCGUGGAGCGCGACGGGUCCCUCUCCUGCGCGUGCCUCGUGGGGUGGGCAGGGAACGGCUACGUCUGCGGGAAGGACACGGACAUCGAUGGAGUCCCCGAUGAGAAGCAACGCUGCUCUGACAAAAAAUGCCGCAAGGAUAACUGCAUGACUGUCCCCAACUCUGGCCAGGAGGAUGCAGACAGGGAUGGAAUUGGAGAUGCUUGUGAUGAUGAUGCUGACGGAGAUGGGAUAUUAAAUGCUGAGGACAACUGUGUGUACACACGCAACACAGACCAGCGCAACACAGACAAGGACAACUUUGGUGAUGCCUGUGACAACUGUCGCCAGGUGAAGAACAACGAUCAACGGGACAUCGAUGGUGAUGGGAAGGGAGAUGAGUGUGACGAUGACAUGGAUGGAGACGGGAUCAAAAACCCCAUGGACAACUGUAAGAGAGUUCCCAACCCUGACCAAAAAGAUGCCGACGGCGACGGGGUAGGAGACGUGUGCGACAGCUGCCCCACUGUCAGCAACCCAGACCAGAAAGACACCGAUCACGAUCUGGUGGGAGAUGUCUGUGACACCAACCAGGACAGUGAUGGGGAUGGCCACCAGGAUUCCCGGGACAACUGCCCGACGGUGCCCAACAGCUCCCAGGUGGACACAGACAACGAUGGGCUGGGAGAUGAAUGCGACGAUGACGAUGACGAUGAUGGGAUUCCAGAUGUGAAACCUCCAGGUCCUGACAACUGUCGCCUUGUCCCUAACCCUGGCCAAGAGGACUCCGAUGGUGAUGGAGUGGGAAACCUCUGUGAAGAUGACUUUGACAGAGACAUGGUGAUCGACAGGAUCGACGUGUGCCCGGAGAACGCAGAAGUGACCCUGACAGACUUCAGGGCUUUCCAGACAGUGGUGCUGGACCCCGAGGGCGAUGCACAGAUUGACCCCAACUGGAUUGUCCUCAACCAGGGCAUGGAAAUUGUCCAGACCAUGAACAGUGAUCCUGGCCUGGCUGUAGGUUACACGGCGUUCAACGGCGUGGACUUCGAGGGCACGUUCCACGUCAACACGGCCACAGACGACGACUACGCCGGCUUCAUAUUUGGCUACCAGGACAGUUCCAGCUUCUACGUGGUCAUGUGGAAGCAGAUGGAGCAGACAUACUGGCAGGCAAACCCCUUCCGAGCGGUGGCCGAGCCUGGAAUUCAACUGAAGGCAGUGAAGUCUAAGACAGGCCCGGGUGAGUACCUGCGCAAUUCCCUCUGGCACACCGGAGACACCACCGACCAGGUCAAGCUGCUGUGGAAAGACCCUCGUAAUUCCGGCUGGAAGGACAAGACCUCGUACCGCUGGUUCCUGCAGCACCGGCCCCAGGUCGGGUACAUCAGAGCUCGCUUCUACGAAGGCCCCGAGGUCGUAGCAGACACUGGAGUUGUCCUUGAUACCACCAUGCGAGGGGGACGCCUGGGAGUCUUCUGCUUCUCCCAGGAGAACAUCAUCUGGUCCAACCUGCGGUACCGCUGCAACGACACCAUUCCAGAAGACUACGAAACCUUUCGAGUGCAGCAAGACUAACUCCCACCUCGAUGUCUCUCCAGCCAAAGCCAAUCUUGCUUUAAUUAAAGCCCCCUCCCCGUGCUCAGCUGCCCUGUAUCUGGUAUAAAGAACCCUAAGGACCUGUAGGUACCGUUACCACUGCCCCCACCCCGCGUGGCAACACCUCUCCCAGCCCCUUUCCCAAAACAGCAACUUCCUUUAAAUGCUACCC